UGUUUUGGUUUGGUUUCGUGUUGGUUGCGGAAAAGAUCACUGUUUGCCAGAGCAGAAUUUGGACUCCGUUUCUGUUCCACGACAUAAGCUUCAAGAUAAUUCCGCCCCGCCAUGGAUGAGCAAGCGCCACACAACGACCGCCAGAAAAAGGAGCUACAGAAGCAGCUGGACGAGUUUCAAAUGCUGUCGGCAAUUUACUGCAACCCGGGCGAGCUGCGGGUGGACGAUUACGGCUGCAUCGACAAUCUGACCAGCUACAUCAGCGGCGAAACCGAUCGGCUCACCACGAAGCUCGACUACCGCUUCGAGCUGCCCCUGCUGCCGGACCAAAAGGUACAGAUUUUGGUCGAACUGCCCCACCGCUACCCGGCGCUGGAAAUGCCGCGGAUCGUCAUCCGCUCGGCCGUGAUACCGCGCGACCAGGAGCGCCGCCUAACCGAUCGGAUCGUGCGAUACAUCGAGGAGGAGGUGCUGGAGCGCGACGAAGCGUACGUCCUUCAGGUGGUGGGCUGGAUACAGGACAACUUUGCCGAGCUGCUCGCCGCGACCGCUGAGAGGAAGGAGUCGAAAGCGUGCCCGCGCUCCGCCGGCGCGACCACCUCACCGAUCGUGUUCGAACGGUUGUGGAUAUACUCGCAUCAUCUUAAAAGCAAGAUGAAAAGACAGACAAUCAUAAAAACGGCACGGGAUCUGCGGCUGACGGGGUUUUCCCGGCCCGGCAAACCGGCCAUUAUCUGCGUGGAGGGGCAGCAGGCCGACACGCAGGAGUUUUGGCGCACGAUCAAACCGCUCAAGUGGCAGAAGAUACAGAUCAAGCUGUGCGAAACGGAGACGGUGGCGGCUGGUGGUGAAAACGAAAUGGCCGCCCUGCGCCACUUUGCGGCCGGCUUUCGGGAGGAACUGUUCUGCGCCGAUAUGGAUGAAGACUCGGACGCGGAGGAUCAGCCGAUGAGCAUGAGCCUGUUUAUGAAGUUUCUCGACAAGCACCGGUGCGGCUACAUCAAGAAGGAGCUGUUCGGGUUUCAGAGUGCGAUCGAUGCUCCCGCUAGCUAGCGCUAUGGUGGUACGGUACACGUGUGUGAUGCAAUAAACGCUCGCUCGUUGUUGAGGUUGUUGACCUAAAAGCCGGAGGCUCGUUCCCCCUUUUCCUGCUUACCUUGUGC